CUUAAAGCUCACUCACGAUUCAAAAAGUAUACAGGUUGGAACGCAAUAUAAAUUGUCUACCGACGAUAAAAUUGAGGAUAUUUUGGAAGCUGUUUAAAAUAUUUUGAACUGUAUAUAUACAUCAUGAGAAAGAUACAGGUAGCAAUUGGAUUAAUUGCAAUCCUUGGAGUGGUGACGUGCCGUCCCCAUUUCCUACCUAUGAAAUUUAAAAUAUCCGGAGACGCUCAUUUGUCAAUUCCAGUCUUUGGAUACCAAAUAGGGAAUGUGCCAAAUGUUUCCAAACAAUUUCUUGCUCCACCAAUCCUCGACUUUGGAAGGAAACCAUACAAAGAUGUCGCUCCGGUACAAGGACAAUUCCAAACAAAGGGUUCAGAAGCAACGGAAAUAAAUAAUUAUUAUCAACAUACUACAGCUGAUACUGCCAAGCUUGCAGAAAAAUCGCUUAACGAUGUCACAUCAUCAACAGAUAUUGAUACUGAAACUACCACAGAAACAUAUACCACUACAGAUAUUUGGACAACAACCGAAGAUUUUGACAAUUAUGACGAUACCAUCUCAAACAGGAUUUCACCACAGGUGGUUGCGUCAUUACUAGGUUGAAGAUAGAAAUUACAAAUAGAAAUUAGAGGCUUCUUAAGGAAUUUAAAACGCGAUUUAUAUUGUUAUUUAUGUAUAUUUCAAACACGUCACAGC